AUGUUCCUGCUACCUAAAAAGCUCAUUCAAAGCGGAUUCAGAUCAGUUUUCGAAUACCAACUUGCACGAGCAGAAGAUGCAAGGAAGAGAGCAGAAGCUCGCGAGCAAGAAAAGGUCGAGCGACAAAAGCGCCUUGAAAAAGUGAUCAUCGAGCGAAAGCAAAAAGAACUGGCGGACAAGGCGAAAUACAACUGGAUUGAUUCGGACGAAGAAGACUACGAAAAGAAGAAAGCGGAGAGAAGGCAAAAGAAAAAGUCGAGAAAAGACCAGGAUAAGGCGGCGCCUGAGACGGAGACGAUGUUGUCAAGCAGGAGCGAGAAGAAGCCUCGCCCAGAAGACGAUCACCCAGUCCAAAGGGUCGAAGAUCGAAGAGUCCGAGAAGAGGACGCCCCUCGCCAAGCCCAAAGAGACGAAGAGAGUCUCGCAGUCCAAGAAGACGAAGAUCUCGAAGUCCCCCUCGCAAAAGGCGAUCGCCCUCUGCAAGUCCAAGGAGAAGACGAUCUCGUUCAAAGAAACGAUCAUCGCCCGACCGUCGCCGUCGAGAACGAAGCCGCUCGAAGUCGCGAAGCCGCAGCAGAAGCAGCGAUCGACGAAGACGGAGGAGAAGCCGCUCCCGCUCGCGUAGCCGCUCUGGAGAUCGACGCCGACGACGAAAUCGACGAAGCCGAUCUUCUUCGUCGAGCUCGUCUUCUCGGUCGAGAUCCAGAUCUAAAUCAAGAGAUAGACGCAGAAACAGACGCUCAAGAACUCGCUCUCGAUCAAAGAGACGCGGUAGACGAUCCUACUCUCGAUCUUCAAGCUCCUCAUCGUCAGCGUCGUCGAGAAGUUCUCGAUCUCGAUCACGUGGCCGAGACAACCGGGGUCGCUUCAAACGCGAACGGCGCUCUUCAGCAAACACUAGAAAGAAACAAUCAUGUCUCGCACUUUCAUUCUUCCGAUCAAAAACAAGUAUUUUCAUCGCCCAAAAUCACAUGUUCAAAUCACUGGCAAAAGAAGACUGCGAGUCUUGAAUACAUUCAAUCAUUUUCUGUCUAA